UAUAAAUUGAAUAAAAGCAUGUUAACAUUUGUUGAUAGGAACCUAACCGAGUGAUGUUAGUUUGCUUCACGUAUCUCGUAGCGUCGCCCUCGUCUAAGUAAAGAAUUUACAGAUGACUCGAGUACCUAGAUAAAUUACUACUAUUGCUUGUGUUUACCCCUGCUACAACAAAAGUGACAUUGGUGGUGCUAAUUAAAAUUUUUUAAAUCCCUUUAAGAACUGUGUUUAACGAAAUAAUGCGCGAGUGUAACAUAUUGACUGUUGGGUUUUCGCUACUGGAUUCGGAUUUAUGACUUACAGGAAUUGAACGGCCAUUGUUGGGGAUAUCGAAGGUACACUGGUAGAAUGGCAGAGGAUGAGCGGCAAAUUAGAGUGGCCGCAGAGUUAUUGUUAAAGAGUUCUAUUAACUCUCAAAGGAGUUCGAUCACUCAGCGGAGCAUAAACCGAACGCCAGAUUUCAUAGUGAGCGAGGAUCUUAUCGCUGGUGUGAUGCAAAACGGGAGGAUGUCGAGCAUUAGGCGAUUCUUCUGCCUUUUCGUCACCUUUGACUUUCUGUUCAUUUUUCUCAUGUGGCUCAUUUGCACCAUGAUCGCCGGCGAGAGUUUGAAGUCCGCCUUCAUGAAUCAAAUUGUUCAUUAUCACAUUAAAACUUCGCUUUUCGACAUUGUGAUGGCAGCGAUUUGCAGGUUUACGAUCUUAUUGAUGUCCUACUCGCUGCUCCAUUUGAAUCAUUGGAUCAUCGUAGCUUUAACCACCGCUAUCACAUGUGCUUUCUUAAUUGUCAAAGUGUUCCUUUUUGAUUGGUCAACGAGCAAUCAGCCAGUAUUUCAAGUUCUUCUCAUCCUCACAUCUUUUGUAUUGCCUUGGGUGGAAGCUUGGUUUCUCGAUAUCCGCGUUUUACCCCAAGAAACGCAAGCUAGAAAUUGGUUUAGCAAUUUUUCAGAAAAUGAAAGACAACCGCUUCUACGUGGCGUUACUUCAGAGACACAGUACAGUAGCAUCGAACCCCCUACUGGUACAUUUUUUACGCCUAUGGACUCCCCAAAUCAUUCUGAUGAUGAGGAUGAAGGCUCAAGAAGACAAGGGGUUUCUAGAAAUAUGUUAAAAUCGAAUGACAUGCUAGUGUCUAAGACGUUAACGCCACUUACACCUGCAAUGAUAGAAAACUACAAGAGAAAAGUAUUUGUAUUAGUGCAAAAUUGUCACGAUUUAUUGCAAUCUAAAAAUUGGCAAAUUGAAAGUAUAAUGCCAAACAGUGACAUUAUUUUUUACAUGGACCGUCCCAAGCCAGAAGGAAAAAUUUUAAAAAUAGUGGGAGAGGUCGAUGCCUCUGCCACUGUACUUGUAGAUCAAUUAUUCGAUGAGAUUGAAUCGCUACCGUCGUGGAAUAAGCUCGUCACAGAGUCGAAAAAGAUACAACAUAUUGAUAAUAACACGGAUAUUGUUUACCAAGCUACGAGUCCUCAAGGUGGUGGUAUUAUUGGUGCUCGAGAUUUUGUUAUUCUGAGACACCGUGUUCAGUAUGGUAACUACUAUAUCAACACUGGUACAUCGGUACCAUUUUCAUCGUUACCAAGUCGCAGUAAUGUUGUUAGAGCUGAGAACAAUAUAAGCUGUUGGGCCGCAGAAGAAUUGCCUAAUGAACAAAAUAAAUGUCGGUUCACGUGGAUUAUCAAUACAAAUUUGAAAGGAUGGCUACCACAGAAAAUAGUAGAUAAAUCAAUGUCUACUGCAUUAGUGGAUUUCAUGACUUAUGUAAGAAAGUACGCGGAUGAACUGCAAAGACCGUCCGCUUAGCGUAAAAUUCACUUCGUUGCCGAUCAGAAAAGGAAAGUCUUUUAUGAUCAUUCUUUGUAUUUGUGUGAUCGAAGAAAUUUCGAAUUUGUAUAGCAUUUCUGAUGUGUUGAGAAAUACACAAAAUUCUAACAAAAUUCAAGCACAGUCUCUGCAAUGUUUCCACAUGCGGUAUGUAUAUUAGAGAAAAUUAAGUGACAAAAGUAGAAAGAGUCUGUGAGUGUUUUAUGUUGGAAAACCGAGAGACUGACGGAAGGAAGGCAAAAGACUUUUUUUACACGCUCUGUAUUUAAUAAGCAAGAAUUCUUGAAGUUAAGACACGAGCGCUAUGUAUAAAGUAUGCAAAAAAAUUAAUGUUUUUGUUGCAAUUAUAUAAAAUGAUGA